AUGGCAAAUGCGCGCUUCCACCCGGAGAAACAAUACGCGUGGUUAUACACGAGAAUUGUGUCUUGUGCGAGAAAGGAUACGUGGGCGAGGCGUGCAAGAUCUUCGUGCAUACAUGUGAUCGCUAUCCCGACCUCGAAUGCUUUUAAACUGAUGAGAAGAAAAAAGAAGACGGCGGUGUUUGCGAGAGCAGUGUGUGCCCCGCAGAUGACGAAAUCCGGUUGUGAAGCUCAACCGUUUGACCAGAAGAGCUUCUGUGACUACGAGAAAGGCACCGUGCUCGGCUUCCGCAACCCGACACCUGACAAUCCGAGGGAACUUAUAAAAAAAUACGUCUUGUGUCUCUGUCUUGACGGAAUCGAUGUCGGAAUUGCCAGAAUAUCCGAUGUCGCGUUUCUGAAUAACUCUGCCACGGUCACGAAACGGAAAAUUGUCCGGGUCGAGUUUGCAAUUAUGGCUAUGGACGAAACACCAAAGUUGACAAUUGGGAGCACUUGUGAAGUUGAAGGGCAAACGUGUACCGAUGGGCACUCCGAGGUGUGCUCGUGUGAUCCGCGCGACGACAAGGACGGACAAGUACUCGCAAGAAGCAGCGUGUCCCAUGGCGCUGUUGAGGUCAGAUGGUUCAACGGUGGUGAUGUACAUUGGAUCUCCGUGUGGCUCCCUGGU